GUGGGCAACGAAGGCCCCGGUUACGGCGGCUGAGGAGAGGAGAGAGAGGCGGGGCUGAGCUUGAGGAGAGGACGGGCCGUGUGCACAGAGAGGAGGAGGAAGGACGGGAGAAACAGCGGCGGCGGGGUCUGAGGGAACGGCGGCGGCUGCCGCCCCCGUCGUCGUCCUAGUCCCUGGCCGGGCUAAGAGGGGGCGGGAAGGCCUGACACCCAGCGAGGGAGGCGCAUGUUCAAGGCCUCCAAGCAACUAUGGAUAAAAGGGGGGGAAUGACAGAAGUCGUGAACGGCGAUACAUUGAUUGGUGCAAUGAAAUUCCCUCAUCGCUACACAAAAGAAGAGCUCUUGGACAUUAAAGAGCGUCCCCAUUCUAAACGGAGGCCAUCAUGUCUUUCAGAAAAAUAUGACAGUGAUGGAGUUUGGGAUCCUGAAAAAUGGCAUGCGUCGCUAUAUCCAAAUUCUGGAAGGACUUCACCAGUGGAAGGACUUAAGAAGGACUCUGAUUCAGAUCGGAGUUCGCUCAUGAGGAGGAUAGUGGAUCCCAGAGAACGGGUAAAAGAAGAUGACUUGGAUGUGGUGCUGAGUCCACAGCGACGAAGCUUUGGAGGGGGCUGCCACGUGACUGCAGCUGUAGGCUCACGAAGAGCAGGGAGCCCACUGGAGAAAGAAAAUGACUGUGUCCGUGUCAUUGGUGGCCGUAGGAUUGGCAGUGGGAGAAUAAUCUCUGCCCGAAACUUUGAUAAAGACCACCGAGGUGGUGAGAAGGACUCACGGGACUCAAGAGACGCAAGGGACAGAGACCGUGACAGGGAGUACAAAGACAAGCGCUUCAGGAGAGAAUAUGGGGACAGCAAGCGUGUCUUUGGAGAACGCCGAAGGAAUGACUCCUAUACUGAGGAGGAGCCGGAAUGGUUCUCUGCUGGCCCCACAAGUCAGUCGGAAACCAUUGAACUUACUGGCUUUGAUGAUAAAAUACUAGAGGAAGAACAUAAAGGGCGGAAGCGAACAAGACGGCGUACAACUUCUCUGAAGGAAGGAAUAGAAUGCAAUGGCGGGUUAGCAGAAGAGGUAGAAGUGCAGUCUGUUCUUGGCCAGGAGGCAGUAGCCGAUCAAGAAGUCCCAAGGGAAAUGGUCCUGCCGGAACCAGCUCCAGGAGAGUUCGAUUUCAAUGAGUUCUUCAACCUAGAUAAGAGUGUUCCAGGCUUGGCAUCGAUGAUAGAAGAUGUGCUGGGGGAAGGUGCUGUGUCGGCCAGCAGGUUCAGCCGCUGGUUUUCCAAUCCUAGCCGUUCCGGAAGCCGUUCGAGCAGCCUUCGAUCUACACCCCAUGAAGAGUUGGAGAGACUGGCAGGUCUAGAGCAAGGCAUUCUGUCCCCUGGUCAGAACUCUGGAAACUACUUUGCUCCCAUUCCUUUGGAAGACCAUUCUGAAAACAAAGUGGACAUCUUAGAGAUGCUGCAGAAAGCCAAAGUGGACUUAAAACCCCUCCUCUCAAGUCUCUCAGCCAACAAGGAGAAGCUUAGAGAGAGCACACAUUCAGGAGUUGUCCUUUCAGUGGAAGAAGUAGAAGCUGGGCUGAAAACCCUGAAAAUGGACCAGGAAAGGAAACCUGCCGCCCCCUUAACGGGUGAGCAGAUGGAAGAGUCACUAAACAUGAGAGACUCCCGGCACCUUAAGGAUGGCGACAUGUCCGCCUUCAACAAACUAGUCAGUACUAUGAAGGCAAGUGGGACUCUGCCUUCCCAGCCAAAAGUCAAUCAAACCCUUGAAAGCCACUUGAUAACGCCUCCUGAGAUGCAAGGUCAAUCGGCCACAAAGAAUAUCUUGCAGGAGAUCCUUGGGCCAUCCAGUGGUAGACCUGCUUCAUCUAAUGUCCUCAACAACUUGAUGAGUGGCUUGGAACCUGUCUCAUCUCUGCUUGGCCAAAGAGCUCCCUCUCCACCGCAGCCUCCGAUCUCUCAGAUGUUUCCAACUCGAGCUGCUUCUGCCGACUACCUGAGGCAUCAGAUCUCCUCACCAAUUGGCUUUGGAUCAGGUUCUCAACAGCUGCUUGGUGAUCCAUUUCAGGGGAUCCGGAAGUCGAUGAGCCCAGCUGCUGCACAGAUGAGUCCACUUGAGCUACAGCAAGCGGCAUUAGAAGGCCUCUCACUUCCACAUGACUUAACCAUGCAGGUGUCAAACUUCUACCAGCCAGGUUUUGGCAAACUACAAAUGGACAAAAACAGAGAUGGCUUCAGGAACAGGCAGCAGCAGCAGCAGCAGCAGCGUCUGACGAAAUCUCCUGCUCCCAUGGGCCACAGAGGGAAUGCCUCUCCUCCUCCAGCCCCUGCUGCUUCCAUCACAAGCAUGUUGUCUCCUUCCUUUACUCCUACCUCAGUGAUACGCAAGAUGUAUGAAAGCAAAGACAAAAGUAAAGAGGAACCAAAUCCUGCAAAACUUAAAUGCAGUGAGAGAGAUGAAGGUCUGAGGAACAGUGAAGAGGGCUUGCUGCCAUCUAGGUCCAUAGAACACAUAGAUCAAGAGAAUUCACCUUCCAUAGGUACCAAGCUAGCAUCGCUACAGCGCUCUGCAUGUUCAACGCCACUUUCUCAGACCAAUCGUUGCACCAAAGAACAAGACUACAGGCCGAAGUCUACUGGGAGAAAGACCCCUACCAUGGCUUCUCCUGUCCCAGGGUCUACUUUCCUCCGUCCCGUCCACCAGGUCCCCCUGGUUCCUCAUGUACCAAUGGUACGGCCUACUCAUCAACUGCCCCCAGGAUUAGUACAGAGGAUGCUGCAGCAAGGGAUUCAUCCUCAGCAUCUUCCACCUCUGCUGCAAGCAGGUAUGAUUCCCCCUGGGGUAGACCUGACUCACUUCCAGGGAGUGUCUGCUCCCAUCCUUGGUCAGCCUUGUUACCCGCUACCAACAGCUGGCCAUCCUCUCUUGAAUCCUCGCUCUGGGACACCUCUGCAGCUGGCAAUGAUGCAGCAGCAGCUACAGAGAUCAGGCUCAAAUGCACAAGGAUCUGCUGUUGGUGUACAAACUCCCCCUCUGAAUGUGCCAUCUCGGACUGGACUGCCUCAUGUGCACUCACAGCUUGACCACCGUGCAAACCAGCGAAGUAGCUCCCCUGUUGGUCUUGCAAAAUGGUUUGGUUCGGACGUCUUACAGCAACCUCUCCCUUCCAUGCCAUCCAAAGUAAUCAGUGUAGACGAACUGGAGUACCGACAGUAAGCAGCUGUGUUGGAGAGCAGGUACUUAGCGUUCCUGCUGCUGCUGCUGCUGCCUCCUUAGACAUGGAACUGUGUGCUUCACUGGCAUUUUCUUUUGGGCGCUUUGGUUUUAGCACUUUGUGCAAGGUUUUUUCUUUCUUUCCUUCCUUUUUCUUCAGUUUUCUUCAUUUUUUUUUUUUUGAGUGACUACAAGCACAUGUCCGAGCUCCCAUGUCUACAUUGAGAUUAAAAAUAUCUCCUGGACUAAACAGUGAACCCUGAAGGAACUUUGAUGCAAGACAGGACCAGUUCCAAUUCUGAAAGCAUCUCCCCUUUUUUGCGUUUGGCUUUCUUUGUAAGAUAUGUGAAUGAAGUGCUGAGAAUCCUCUUGAUAGAGGUAGAAGCUUAAGGGGUUCCUCACAGGAAAUUAAAUGUAUAGACCCUUGUGUACAGACCAAUGUAUAAACAUCUUUUUGUAUAUAUAUAUAUAUCUCCAACAGAUAGCUUUUUUUGAAACCUUAUACAGCUGUACAUAAGAGUAGCUAGUAAAAAGUUAACGCUUUAGUUUGUGUGCCUAUGAUUUGGGAUCUUUUCACUGUACAUGUGGGACUUGUUUAAGAUUAAAGGUGCUGCAUCUGUCAAGUGUGAGUGAACAGGGUGAAGUCGCUUUGCCUGUUGCAGUCUCAAGUCUUUCUCCAUGGUAUCCUUUUUGUCAUCCGUAAUGUGGCAGUAGCUAAAGUGGGGAAAGAGCAGCCACUGUGCAUCUUGAACUACUACUGUCCAAGAAAAACUUCCGAAGGGCAACCACUUCAUUGGAAGCAUCCGCCUUCUUCAGCACACUGGAGACAUGGCAAGUGGGCUGCUGUAUACUGACCAUCAUAACUGACCUUAGAUAAUUAUCAGCACAACAGUAGUUCCACCUGAUUGUUGUCCUUGAUGCUGUGUGGUGUGUCUUUUAAAAUUGCCUUCCACUAGCAAAGGUCAAAAGCAGCUUCUCUCAGUGGCCCACCAUCACCAAUGACUCUUCCUCACAAGUGUACCUGUAGUUGCCUGUUCUUCCUCCCCACUCUUGAAAGUGAAAUGACAACCCGAUACAGUCCAAAACAAAACCAGCUCUUGCACUCUGAAAGCAAUGCUGUGGCUAGUAUUGAUGGCCCAGAAUAGGCUUCAGAAAUGACCUGUCACAUGCUAUGGGCAUCUGGAAUCCAUAUGGGCCAUCAAUAACUGAACACUUGAAUAUUUCUGUAAAAAGUGAACUAGUUUAAGUAUACUUUGUGGUCAUAGACUCUUCCCUGUAAGAUUGUUUCAUAACUUUUUUUUUAAGUGACAAUUUCCCCCAAACGGUCUGUAAAUAAAGUCAAUUCUAUGAGC